UUCAUCUCGGGGAGUCCAAGAAAGGAUAAAGUGGACCAACUCGAGAUGAUGAUACAGAUUUAUUUGAUGCUCUUGUGUUCAUUUAUGGUUCAGGGUAAAAUAGGAUACUUUUGGCAUAUAACAGACAUCCAUUACGACCCAAAGUAUUCAUCUGGAUCUGGUGGUGGAGGGGGAAAUACGUGUUGGAAUACACGAAGUAGUAAUAUAGAUACUGGACACAUAAGACCUGAUAGAAAAGUCGCUGGAGUGUUUGGAAACUACAGCUGCGAUUCACCAUGGGCGCUGAUCGAGUCUGCGGUACAAGCUAUGAAAUCAAAGCAGGACGAAGGAAUCGAGUUUGUUUUGUGGACAGGUGAUGCAUUAACUCACGCCGCAGAAAUGAGUGAGGAAUUACGACUGCAAUCUUUAAAGAAUCUCACGGAUUUAUUAUCUCACACAUUCACUAGCCAAUUUGUAUUCCCAGCGCUGGGACACGAGGAUGUUGGGUUGAAUUUUAGCCAAACCGCUAUUUUGUGGAAGCAUUGGCUACCGAGUGAGGCACUUCAAACAUUUGAAAAAUCUGGAUAUUAUAUGGUUGAACAAAAGUCCAAAAAGUAUCGGAUCAUUCUUUUAAAUACUAAUUUUUGGUUGGACGUCGACAAUAUUGACAGUAGAUUUCACUCACAUCAAUAUCAUCAACAUGAACAUCAUCAUCAUCACCAUCAUCAACAACAACAACAACAACAACAACAACAACAACAACAACAACAACAACAGCAACAGCAACAGCAACAGCCACAGCAACAACAACAAUAUCAACAACAAAGAAUUGCCGGGAGUUUAUUAAAAAACUCUACUGAUCCACACAAUCAAUGGCGAUGGUUUGAAUCUGUUUUACGAACUGCAAGAGAAAAAAAGGACACUGUUUAUGUAGUUGGUCAUACACCACCGGGGGUCGAUGAGAGAGACAGUGGUGCCAGGCCUCUAAAAGCAAUUCACAACAGAAGAUAUUUGCAAAUGGUCAGACAAUUUUCAGAUGUUAUUGCUGGACAAUUUUUUGGACAUUGGCAUUCUGAUACUUUUAGGACUAUUUACAAUGAUUUGGAUUUUAGAUUACACUCAGUACUACCUUGAUUUACCAAAAGCUAAUUCAAUCGGUCGUGCCAACUGGGUCGUCGAAUAUUCUUUUUUGGAUUAUUACGAAUUAAAAGAGAUAAACGCAAAGAGUCUCCAUGACCUCGCUGAUCGAUUUACUAAGCAAAACGACAACGCUUUCGUCAGGUUUUAUAAAGCCAAUACAGUGUCAUUACCUCAAGAAGUUGAGGAAAUUUGGGGAUGCGGGGGAGCAUUCAGCGGUGCGUGUAUGCUGCAACACUACUGUGCAGUAACAAGAGUAAAUCCAGAGUCUUACAGCAACUGUUUGUCUUCUCUGGCGUAUCCGCUGUCUACAGAUUCCUCCUCUCAGCAUCAUCAAUACUUUACGCUCUAUAUUUUAGGAUCAAUGGUUUGUCUACUAACCAGUCGAUAA